ACACAUCUAACGAUUAUCUACGCACUCAGCAGACUUCUUGAUUAAUCUCGUGGACGUCCGAUAGCUAAGCGUGAAAUCGUAAAGUAAUUCGCCAAAAAUCUUUCAUCAGACAAGAAACUCGCCUAUUUAAGCAGCGCGGACAUCGAACUAUCCAAUCAUUCCUUGAUAGAGUUCGAUAGGUGUAACAAGUGGUGUUGUGUUAUUAAAUUGUGCAAAAAUGGCCAAGAUAUCUUCAGUCCUAAACUCCGGGUUUUUCUCCUCCGCCCUGGCCAUAGUCCGGUACAGCACGCCGGUGAAGCUCCCAGAAGAACGCCUCAUAACAAUGGAAGAAGUCUCCUGGCAUGAUAACGCCAACGAUUGCUGGAUAAUUAUCUACGACAGAGUAUACGACAUCACUGAUUUCCUCGAUGAGCAUCCUGGAGGCGGCGACAUUUUACUGGAAUACGCCGGCCGCGAUGCCAGUGUGGCUUUCCGAGGCUCCGGCCAUAGCAAGCAAGCCCUUAGGGCCCUCAGUCGGUUCGAAAUCGGGGAACUCCCCAUGCAUGAAAGGAUUUUCAGAAAGCCGGGAGGUUUCAAUAUUAGUGAUAUUCCCGAAUAGAUCGCUUCUUAGAUUAGUGUUUAAAACCCUCAUGAAUUCGUCCAUUAGUUACUACUUGGAAACACACCGAAUAUCAGUUUUGUUGCCAAGUUCAGCGAGUCAAAUGUCAGUGGCGCGAUAGCUAGUUAUAUAAUUUUGUACAUUUAUUUAUUAUUUAUAUUUAAUUUGUAAUUAUAAGCUAAGUAGGAUUAGUCUUAUUGUCAGUAUUGAUUUAUUUAUGUUUUGUACGUAUUUUUAUCGCUAUUGGACACCUACCUCUGUAAAUUAUUCAGUAUUUUAUACGAAAAUAUAUUCUCCA